GAGCCAAUCCAAAUGGAGGCGGAAGCGCUCCGCCUUCAUCGCCCGGAACUCUGGGGGGUGCUUAUUUCUGGGCACGCCCCCUUUCCCCUCUGAGCCAAUCGGAGCAGGGCCGAGAGCGCACCGGGCACUGGCUUCCUUUCCCGGAGCUCUAGGCUUUCCUCUGGGCCCACCUCUUCGUCCUCUGAACCAAUCAGGACCGGCCUGGCAGUGUCAUGGCUGCCCACAGGUCUGCAGGCACUCGGUACGCCGCUAACGCGGCGAGGUAGCUCGGUGCGUCUCGCGGUACCAGUGCGAAUCAUCGGGCUAUCCAGGUCCGAGAUCCUAGUCUCCUGUCGGCUCUGAGGAGGAUGGAUCCUUCUGCGGAUACAUGGGACCUCUCCUCACCUUUAAUAUCAUUAUGGAUAAACAGGUUUUACAUUUAUUUGGGCUUUGCUGUUAGCAUUAGCCUUUGGAUUUGUGUCCAGAUUGUCAUCAAGACGCAGGGCAAGAACUUACAGGAAAAAUCUGUUCCAAAAGCAGCUCAGGAUUUGAUGACAAAUGGUUAUGUCUCCCUUCAAGAGAAAGACAUCUUUGUGUCUGGAGUGAAGAUUUUUUAUGGUUCUCAGACUGGAACAGCAAAGGGAUUCGCAACAGUUCUUGCUGAAGCAGUUACGUCCCUGGAUCUGCCUGUGGCCAUUAUUAAUCUAAAAGAAUAUGAUCCAGAUGAUCAUCUGAUAGAAGAGGUGACUAGUAAAAAUGUUUGUGUCUUCCUGGUUGCGACAUACACUGAUGGCCUACCAACUGAAAGUGCAGAGUGGUUCUGCAAAUGGUUAGAGGAAGCAUCCAUUGAUUUUCGAUUUGGCAAAACUUACCUGAAGGGUAUGAGAUAUGCGGUAUUUGGCCUGGGAAAUUCUGCCUAUGCUAGCCACUUCAACAAGGUUGGCAAAAAUGUUGACAAGUGGCUCUGGAUGCUUGGCGCGCAUCGUGUGAUGAGUCGAGGGGAGGGCGACUGCGACGUGGUUAAAAGCAAGCACGGCAGCAUUGAGGCCGACUUCAGAGCAUGGAAGACCAAGUUCAUCUCCCAGCUGCAGGCACUUCAGAAAGGGGAGAGAAAGAAGUCCUGUGGCAGCCACUGCAAGAAAGGCAAAUGUGAAUCUCACCAACAUGGCUCAGAGGAGAGGGAGGAAGGAUCUCACGAGCAGGAUGAAUUGCAUCAUAGAGACACCGAGGAGGAAGAACCCUUCGAGAGCUCCAGUGAAGAAGAGUUUGGUGGUGAGGACCGUCAGAGCCUAAAUUCCAUUGUUGAUGUUGAAGAUUUGGGCAAAAUUAUGGAUCAUGUGAAGAAAGAAAAGAGAGAAAAGGAACAGCAGGAAGAGAAGUCUGGUUUGUUCAGGAACAUGGGGAGGAAUGAAGAUAGUGAAAGAAGAGCUAUGAUAACUCCUGCUCUCCGAGAAGCCCUUACUAAACAAGGUUAUCAGUUGAUUGGGAGCCACUCGGGGGUGAAGCUUUGCAGGUGGACAAAGUCCAUGCUCCGAGGGAGAGGAGGUUGUUACAAACACACAUUCUAUGGAAUUGAGAGCCAUCGCUGCAUGGAAACCACCCCAAGCUUGGCAUGUGCUAAUAAAUGUGUCUUCUGUUGGCGGCACCACACCAACCCCGUGGGCACUGAGUGGCGAUGGAAGAUGGACCAGCCUGAAAUGAUCUUGAAGGAAGCCAUUGAAAACCAUCAGAACAUGAUUAAGCAGUUUAAAGCUGGGUCCUUCUCACUGUAUUCUCCAGGAGUACCGGGCGUCAAAGCAGAACGCUUUGAAGAAGGAAUGACGGUAAAGCACUGUGCAUUGUCCCUCGUGGGAGAACCAAUAAUGUACCCAGAGAUCAACAGGUUUUUGAAGCUACUCCACCAGUGUAAAAUCUCCAGCUUCCUGGUCACAAAUGCACAAUUUCCUGCGGAAAUCAGGAACCUCGAGCCGGUUACUCAGCUGUAUGUCAGUGUGGAUGCCAGUACCAAAGACAGCCUGAAGAAAAUCGACCGCCCACUCUUCAAGGAUUUCUGGCAGCGAUUCCUUGACAGUUUAAAAGCCUUGGCAGUCAAGCAACAACGAACUGUCUACAGACUGACACUUGUGAAAGCAUGGAACGUGGAUGAGCUCCAGGCCUACGCGCAGCUCGUGUCCCUGGGGAAUCCUGACUUCAUCGAAGUGAAGGGCGUUACCUACUGCGGAGAAAGUUCAGCAAGCAGUCUUACCAUGGCCCACGUGCCCUGGCAUGAGGAAGUGGUACAGUUUGUCCGCGAGUUGGUGGAUCUGAUCCCCGACUAUGAAAUUGCAUGUGAACACGAACACUCUAAUUGCCUCCUGAUAGCACACAGAAAGUUUAAAAUUGGUGGUGAAUGGUGGACAUGGAUCGAUUAUAACCGCUUCCAGGAGCUCAUCCAGGAAUAUGAAGAUAGUGGUGGAUCAAAAACGUUCAGCGCAAAGGAUUAUAUGGCCAGAACUCCUCACUGGGCAUUAUUUGGUGCCAGUGAAAGAGGCUUUGAUCCCAAGGACACAAGACAUCAGAGAAAGAACAAAUCAAAGGCUAUUUCUGGAUGUUGAGAUUAUCUGAUUUCAAGGUACUGAAGGACAAAAACUUGGAUGGCCUCAAAAGGUUCUUGAACACCACUGUGAUUCUCCAAGGACGAAUUACGUAAAUUAUACUUUCAUACAAAGGAGACGAUAAGGCAGUAAACACGGGGACACGGGGGACAGCGUCCACACUCAGAGGGCCUGGGCCACAGCCCCGAUGUUUCUUUUCAGAACUCAGCCACUUUCCUGAUUUUACUUCUAAGAGGAAAAUUAUUUUGGGGAGGAACUACACAGUCGUGAUUAGAAUUUAUCUGAUGGUUUUGUAUUAUAACUUGUAAGACCUGCCAGAAUGCUAGUCCCGAGAGUGUCAGACAAGGAAGAAAUCCCUGGGCCUCUUCCCCUUACCCGGCCCUUAGAUUUCAUGGAGCAGCCACUUAGCAUUGAAUUGCACUACCCUAAGCUAAACGUGUCUGUGCUUUCUAAGAUAAGAGCUUGAUCCCUUUCUUCUAUCUUAAGACAGCACCUCCUGAAAAGAAUCGAAGUUGUCACAACUCUCAAUUAUUUUUUAAAUACUGCAUAGAUUGAGUUUUGGUUUAUUACCAACCCUUCCCAGAAUUGCGUUGGAUCUAAAACUACUAGAUCUCAUCCCAUUCCCAUGUAAAUUACCACAGACCGCAGUACCGGGGCUGGAGCGGAGUGAAGCUGUCUGCUGUAAGAGGAGUGGCCAUGUGAGGGCAUGGAGUCAUUAGUCUCACAAACACACUUUGGACUGAAGAGGAUCAUUUCUUUUUGUUCAGGAGGUCACUGUCCGGGCCUCUCAUAUCACGACCAGAUGGCGGGUCUCCAUCUUCUUUCACUCCUGUGGCCCUGGCUGCUUUACACAAUCUGCUCUUUAAGGUUCAGGUGUUUUCAAGUUGGAAAGAUCAUAAAUAUUCAAAAUUGUUUUCAAGUUAGCAAGUUCUUUUAACAGUCUUUUAUGCAAAAAUUGAAUUAAUAAAAUAAUCUUUUGUAAA